AUGGCCGUCACUUACGUUUAUCCAGAGAACGGCAUUGUCCUCACCUGCUGCAUCUCUAGGGGCUGGUUCACGAUGAGCUCAGAUGGAGAAAGGCUAUACAGGGCAUGCUGCAAGCCAGACGGACAGCCUGUGGCGUACUUGUUCGAGCACUGGGAAGAGGACCGUCUGCGAUCUGCAACACAGUACCGCAACCCUCGGACUGGAGAUACGCCAUUGCACGAAGCCUGCUACCACCAUAACCUGUCCGACAUUGAGACUCUGAUGCUCCUCGGGGCGGACAUCAAAAUUGAGAAUUGGUAUGCCUUGGAAAAGCCGCUGCAACUGGCCUGCGAACGUGGCCACGUGCAAGUGGUCAAGAAGGUAUUAGGCUACGCCGCUGCGUUUGACGCCCAAGGCAAAGUACGCAUCCAUGUCUUGCAAUCGCACACCCAUUCGCGUGAGACCAUAGUCGUCAUAGACACCUAG